AUGGUUGGGGAAAUUGGAGGCAAUGAUUAUAACUAUGCAUUAUUACAAGGCAAGACUAUUGAUGAGUUGAAACCUAUGAUACCGGAUGUUGUUAAUGCCAUCAAAGAUGCUGUCGCAAGAGUUAUUGGAUUUGGUGCGACUCGAGUUGUAGUUCCUGGAAAUUUUCCAAUUGGAUGCAUGCCCAUAUAUCUCACAGGAUUUCACACCAAUGAUACCAAUGAUUCUAAUGCAUAUGAUGAACUUCACUGCCUGAAAGGACUCAACAACUUUGCAAUAUAUCACAAUGAACUACUCCAACAAGGAAUUAUAGCAUUGCAGGAAGAGCAUCCGCACGGGACUAUAGUGUAUGGCGAUUACUACAAUGCUUACAAGUGGGUUCUGCAAAAGGCUGCACUGCUAGGAUUUGACCCCAAUUCAGUACAAAAGGCCUGCUGUGGCUGUGGAGGAGAUUAUGACUUUAGCCUUGAAAGAUUUUGUGGAGCUCCUGAUGUUCCUGUUUGUGCUAAACCUGAAGAACGUAUGAGUUGGGACGGUAUACAUUCCACUCAAAAGGCUUAUUUCUUUAUGGCACGAUGGCUCAUUCGGGACAUCUUCCAAAAGCUUCGAUGCAUUGCUUGAUUUUUCCUCCAUUAAUUUAAUUUUUCAUACUAGUCAUGAUUAGCUAGUAGAUUAAGUUGUUGAGGUCUAGUCGUCAGUUCAUUUAAAGUUUACUUAUUAUGCAUGGGCUGUUAGAAUGGAAGCCUAUCUUGAUGCUAUUGACGUGUGAGAGGCUGUAGAC